AUGGCGGAGCCGCUGAAUCAUUUAAAAAAUGACUACAGAGCAAGAUUCUGCAGCGGAGGAGGAAAACAACAGAUUAAUGUACAGCCAGGCCAAAAUGUACUGAAAAUUAUACGAGAUUGUUUUGAAAAUUGUGUUAGUGAUUCUACAAUAAAUUCUCCAAGCAUAACUCAUUGCUCAACCCCUGUCAUUUUAAAGCAAAAGGAGGAUUUAUUACUGAGCAAAGAGUUGAAUUCAGGUUUAUUUAACUCUGUGAAGAAGAUAUUUAAAUCUACAUCCUCUGUAGAUGCAUCACCAGUAAAAUCAAUCAGCUGUUCAGGACAGUCAACUGAAGCACAUCAGAAAUCUAUAGCACUUGGUAACAUAGUUAGUUCUGACAAAAAAGAGCAGUGUGUGUUAAAAGAAGAUACAAGCUCAAGUGAAGAUGAUCUUUUUGAUGCCGAUGAUCCUGCUGGCUCUAACGAAAAAGCAAAUAGUAUAUUAAAAGCUGUUGAAAGAUCAAGCCAAAGCCCUGCUGGCAUCUUUGAUACUGAUGAGGAUAAUUAUGAGGUCAUUGGAUCACCUGUUCUUCUUGUUGAGGAAGCAGAAACAUCUGUACACUUAUUAAGUCUUGAUGAAAAAGCAACUCCAGCAAUGAUGAAGAGACAGACAGAAGUUCAAAGGUCAGAAGGUCCUCCGGCAAGGACAGAAGAGCAGAUAGUUCCAGUGGAAAGAGCAAAAUGUGUUACAGUACCUUCUGAACAGAAAAAGAAGUCGCUUUCUUCAGCAUUCUUAGUGGCUUUGACAACAGGAGCUGUUGAAAAAAGGUAUUCAGCCUCAAUACCACCACCACCACCUUCUCCUGUAAAAGAUUUAGGAAUGGAAAAUGAGUGUGAGUUUUUAAUUGACGAAUCGGAUGGUUUUUCUUUUACAUCCUGGUUUUCAAUUCCCAAAAAGAACAAAAAAAUAGAGAAACAGGCCUUAUCAAAGCCUGAGCCAAAAUCUCAGCCUUCCGAAAAGAAAAAGGCAGUUGUACAAGAAAGCAAGAAACGCAAGGAUAGAAAGGCACAGAAUGAAGUACCUUUUAAACUGACUCGUAUGGAACAGUCGAAAAUGAAAACAUGUGACGCUGCUGAACGGAUACAAGCCGAGUUACAAAAUGCUUCGGAUACAAAUCUGGGUUUAUCUGACAAAAAGAGAGAGGCUCUUAAAUCUGUAAGGCAAAGCAGUCCUCACAUGGAAGAGAGUAAAAAACACACACACGGACAAAGAUCCACAAGAACCCCAAACAAGAAAAACUCCACGGCCCUGAAACAGAUACAGCCCCAAAAAUUCACUUUUUCAGUUUCCAAAUCAGACACCGAUAUUUCCGAUACAGAACAACCUAAACCAACAGAAAUACCUAAUGAAGAUCCCUUUGGAUCUUGUAGUAUGACUGAGCAGCCUCAAGAGAAGGUUGUGUCUUCAGAAGAGGAUCAUAAUUUUCCAAAACCUCCCCAGUCCAUUUUAAAAACUGCUCUACGUUCAUCCCACAAGAAACAAACUGCUAAGCAGAAACUUUCAAAAAUUGCAUCGUCUAAAAAACUGGUAGAAAACCGAAGAAACAAAGUUAGAAAAUCUACCCUUAAAUCCAGUAGUAGAAAAUCCAGGAUACAAAUCUCAGAGGAGAGUUCUGAAAGUGAGCCCAUGGAGGAGGUGGCUGAAAGAGAGCUUUUAAAGUCAAACAAAGUGUUUGCCCCUUCGUUGCAACAGGAAUCACCGACUUCUGCAUUACAGAAGUCCCGUAAAUCCCCCAAACCUAAAAACUUCAUACAUUCACUGGAAUCAUCUGGUAAUGUACAUAUCAAAACUCCUGCAAAAUCUAAAAAACCUUCACAGAUUUUCAUAGACGAUACAGAAGACUCUGAGGGGAAAAGAGCAUCAGCUAAAUCUCUACGGAGGACAGCUACUCGGAUUAAUCAAAGAACAAAUAUGAUUGAUUGUUCAAAUCCUGAAAAUGCUGAACCUGGGAAUACAACAGAUCACAAGGGUUCUUCUGGCCAGGACAUGGCAGAACAAAAACACAAGAAGUCAAAUGCAUCUGUGAAAACAAAAUAUAAAAAACAGAGUAAUGUCCACCGAUCACAAGUCUCUCCUGCACCUGAGAAAAACAAGAAUCAUAACAGUGGGCCUGUUCUGAAACGUUAUGUAAAAUUUACUUCAAAAAAUGACGAGCCUAUUGCAUGUGAGUGGGAGGAUUCAUCUUCAGAUAAAUCUAUAGCCUUGAAGGGUGAUGCAAGUGAAUUUUUGUCAAACACACCACUAAAGCAUAAACUAGUAAUGCCAUCCCAAACACCCAAUGUUCGUCGGACAAAAAGAAUACGAAUAAAGCCUUUGGAGUAUUGGCGAGGGGAGCGCGUGAACUAUCUGAUGAGACCUUCAGGAGGGUUUGUGGUAGGUGGAAUAGUGUCUCCUGAAAAGGAUCCAUGCAAGAAGGCUAGCGUAAAGAGAAAACAUACGCCAAAAACAAGGCGUCAUGUUGAAUAUUUGAAUGUCUCCCUAGCAGAUACUUCUAAGCCAACUGCUGUAUGGGACCCAACAAUUAAUGAAGAGGUUUUGCUAGAGUGUGUCAACACUGGACGUAAUCAUUCUUGUUUCUUUAAUGAUGAGUCAGUGGAAAUAUAUAAAAACCUGAAUACAUCAGUUUUUGCUGCUGGUAAAUUGAUCUUGAAACCGCUUAAAGAAAAGGGGCACCAAUUUGUUUACACAGAUAAUAUAGCUUUCCAUGUUAUCCGUGGCAAGAUUAUUUUUACCCUUCAUAAGACAUCCUACUAUCUGACUACAGGAGAUUUUUUCUAUGUUCCAGAAGGAAAUGGAUACAACAUACGUAAUCUCCUGAAUGAGGAAAGUAUUCUUCUUUUCACACAGCUGAAAGGAGAAAGAGCCCCGGAGGCCACCAUCUCCCGCCCCCCCCCAGGGGGCAUGGAGGCUCCAGUGCCCACGCCGGCGCAGGCCAUGGACCCUGGGGCGAGCGAGGCCCAGCUCCAGGAGCACCUAGAGCAGGAUUUGCCAUUGGACCCCUUGCCACCGGGGGCAUCCUCCUCCUCCUCCCCCGAUGAGGCGGUAGCGGGGACAUCCGCCAUGGGCCCGCCCCCUAUAGACCUUCGGGCCCAUCAGGACCUGUUGCGCCGGGUGGCGCGCAAUAUGGACCUCCAGAUGGAGGAGAUCGUGGAGGUUCACGACCCUAUAGUGAACAUCCUCUCAGCGGACGCCCCAUCCAGAGUGGCGUUACCGCUGAUUCAAUCCAUACAGGCUAAUGCCACCUCGAUCUGGCAAACCCCGGCCUCUAUUCCACCCACGGCCAGAGGCGUGGAGAGGAAGUACUUUGUUCCCUCCAAGGACCACGAGUAUUUGUACACUCAUCCCCAACCGUGCUCACUGGUGGUGUCAUCAGUGAAUGCACGGGAGCGCCAUGGCCAGCAUGCGGCAGCGCCAAAAUCGAAGGACGCUAAGCGCUUCGAUUUGUUCGGGCGCAAGGUCUAUUCGGCGGGGGGGCUUCAGCUUAGGGCGGCCAACCAACAGGCGCUCUUAAGCCGAUACAGCUUUAACACCUGGUCCUCAAUGGAGAACUUCAAAGAACUGGUUCCCCAGGAAUCUAGGGAAGAGUUCGGGACUUUGGUAGAGGAGGGUAAGCGAGUGGCACGCACCUCCCUACAGGCCUCCCUGGAUAUAGCUGACUCGGCCGCUAGAACCCUGGCGUCGGGUAUAGCUAUGAGGCGAACCUCCUGGCUCCAGGUGUCAGGCUUGCCGCCUGAACUGCAGCAGACCCUCCAGGACUUGCCCUUUGAGGGUCAGGGCCUGUUUUCUGAAAAGACGGACUCGAGGCUCCAAAAUCUCAAGGACUCUCGGACAAUGAUGCGCUCCCUGGGGAUGCAUGUCGACCUGUUCGCAUCUCGGGCCAACAGGAAGUGCCAGGCGUUCUGCUCCCUAUACGGGCGAGCUCCGGGCUCUCUGUCGGACGCCUUCCUUCUGACGUGGACGGGCCACCUGCUCUACGCCUUUCCCCCGUUUCCGCUGGUCCACAGGGUACUGCUCAAGAUCCGCACCGACCAUGCACGAAGAGGAACAACUUACCAGUACCUCCCUGAAGCAAAGGACGGCCCAGUUUAUGGACUAGUUGGCAACAGAGAUUGA